UGAGAAAAAAUACAAUAAUAAUAAUAAAGGAGCAAACGAGAAAACAGGAAGUAAAACAAGAAAGAAGAUAGUUUCUAGUAUAAUUGGAGUACAGAAUCAGCCAGUGAGGGCGUGGGUUCGCUUCUGGGUGAAGCUUGAUUUCCGGUAAGAGUAUCGCACACACACACCUUGCAACCAUAGGUGGCAGCGCCCCCUCGCGAGUGGUCGGUGCAGCAAAGAUGGCUGACGAUGAGGAAGAGAGGGUGGAGGAAGAUGCGAAUAACGACGCUUCCGACGAAUAUUCGGACAGUGGCGAGCAAAUAACCCUACCAACGUGUGUGGAACAGACGUCUUUACAACGUAUGCUGACCAGUAUCGCCGCAGAACGAACGAGGGAGUACCCCGCCUUAAAUAUAUCCAAUAGUAUUGAAGUUGUUAGCACCAACAAAUUCUGGACCACACUCUUUACUGAAUACUUCAUAGAAGGCAGCAUCAACGAUGAUGAACGAGAUGACAUGGUUUUUUAUGUCCGAAAAUCUCAUAUUAAUCGCGGUCGCAUUCCUCAAAUUCAGACGGAAAUCCAAGUUUACCGGAGGGAUUCGAAGAAACUGCCAGCUCUUGUGGACCGAGGCAUUGACUGGGAGGAGACUGUCUACUUAAACCUCAUUCUUCAUCAGUUUGAAUAUACAGUAACGUGUGCGAUCUGUACGAGGACCAGUGAUAAAGAUUUACAAAUCCUGAAAAAAUUUGCUCAGAAAGUCUAUCCGUCUCCAAGUCGUCGGAGAAUGGACAGCAAAGGAACAGAAGAAGCCAUCGCCUAUCCUAAUAUCUUUUUCUCUGUUGAUAAUUUUGAGGAGGCUUUUGCUGAUAUCAUUGUCAGGGACAGCGAAAUAAUUUGUGUAGAAUUAGUUGCCACAGACCACGAUGGCAAAUUUCAAGGUGUGAUCUUCCUCGGUUCUAUAAAAUAUGAAGCCCUGAAGAAAGUUUAUGAUGCAAGGGCUAGUCUCACAUCUCGAUGGGCUCAUACGAUGUCCCUUGGCUGGUUCAAGGGCCACAAACGAGUGGAAUUCGUCCGCAUGCGAGGACCGCAUGGCAAGGGGUUUGCAGAAAUGGCAGUGAGCCGUGUAAAAGGUUCUGGGCCUGAGACUCCAGACACAGAGAACUUUCCGGUAGAUGCCUUUGCUGAUGAGGAGCAAAACUCUUACAAUGAACGCAGGAUGAGUGACCCCAGUUCGGCGGUGGGGGGUACAUUUAUGCGUGGAAGUUUCCGGAAAUUAAAUAUAAGGAAAUCUCGCUCGGAAACAGAAAACGUCGACAACAUAGGUACAGACAAUUGCCACGAAGUGGAAGCAGCUGCUAUACAAGAUGUUUCUUCUCCAGGUGGACGUAAGCGUACUGUGCGGUCGUUAAAACUAAAACACCACAUGUUGAUGUGUUGUGUCCGUCCACAGCGUGAAUUAGCUGAAACAGAACAAUACAAUGGAUUCUGGGGGAGUUCUUUUGGUCAACCAUGGCAUUGGUUCAAAGAACGACGACGUGCCACCAGUGUUGCUCUCCACGCCUACCUCACCUAUGUUACAUUGCCAUGGUAUCGAAUCAUAGCUGAUGAUAAGGUUUUCGGUGCAGCUCCUAAAUUUUGGACGCAGCAAAGAUCGCAAACAGCCACUGCAAACGACCACAACCAGUUCUCAGAUUUAGGGAAAAAAACAAAACUAUUUAGAACAAAAACCACAAAAAGCAACAUCAAAAAUUAUAUAAAAGAUUUCAAAAAAUAAAAUGUAAAAAAAAAAAAGUGAACAAAACAAUUGUUUUAAUAAAUAUGUCCUUGAUGCUAAACAACUGCCAGUUCUGACGUUUUGAUGCUAAAUUCUUGGUGCUAACAAUUGACAAUUUCAAGAAUUCUGGGGGAUAAAAAAAAUAUAAGAAAGUGGAAGAAGAAGAAGAAAAAAAAAAAAGCGGAAAAUUAAAAACGAAACCCGAAAAAAAAAAAACAACAUAAAACUGUAAAGAAGAAAAAUAAGAAAAUAAAAA